CAUAUUGGAAGCAAAGUCGUGGUCAAGGAGGAUCGGCAUCGGAGGAUGGAAGUUUUCCCCUUGCUCUUCUUUCUAUCCUUCUGGUGGUCUCGAACCUGGGACCUGGCGACCUCCGAUUCCAUCAUCCACAUCGGAGCAAUUUUUGAUGAAUCUGCUAAAAAAGAUGAUGAAGUAUUCCGCACAGCAGUUGGUGACCUCAACCAGAAUGAGGAAAUCUUACAGACUGAGAAAAUCACGUUUUCAGUGACAUUUGUGGAUGGCAACAACCCUUUUCAAGCUGUUCAAGAAGCAUGUGAACUUAUGAACCAGGGCAUCUUGGCCUUGGUCAGCUCCAUUGGUUGCACAUCUGCUGGGUCCCUCCAGUCUUUGGCAGACGCCAUGCAUAUCCCUCACCUCUUCAUUCAGCGUUCAACAGCUGGGACCCCAAGAAGUGGCUGCGGCCUCACCAGGAGCAACAGAAACGAUGACUAUACCCUUUCAGUUCGUCCACCUGUCUACUUGAAUGAAGUCAUCCUAAGAGUAGUCACAGAGUAUGCAUGGCAGAAAUUUAUUAUCUUCUAUGAUAGUGAAUAUGAUAUCCGUGGCAUACAGGAAUUUUUGGACAAAGUUUCCCAGCAGGGAAUGGAUGUUGCCCUUCAAAAGGUGGAAAACAACAUCAAUAAAAUGAUCACCACGCUCUUUGACACCAUGAGGAUAGAGGAGUUGAAUCGCUAUCGAGACACUCUCAGAAGAGCCAUCCUUGUUAUGAACCCCGCCACAGCCAAAUCCUUCAUAAGUGAGGUGGUGGAGACUAAUCUGGUUGCUUUUGACUGUCACUGGAUCAUCAUCAAUGAGGAAAUAAAUGAUGUGGAUGUUCAGGAACUUGUCAGAAGGUCCAUUGGAAGGUUAACAAUUAUUCGGCAGACAUUUCCAGUCCCCCAGAAUAUAAGUCAGCGCUGUUUCCGUGGCAACCAUCGAAUUUCUUCAACACUGUGUGAUCCCAAGGAUCCCUUCGCACAGAAUAUGGAGAUUUCUAACCUUUACAUCUAUGACACGGUGCUUCUGCUUGCAAACGCCUUCCAUAAGAAGCUGGAGGACCGGAAGUGGCACAGCAUGGCGAGCUUGUCCUGUAUCAGGAAAAACUCCAAGCCCUGGCAGGGAGGGCGGUCCAUGCUGGAGACCAUCAAGAAGGGUGGAGUUAAUGGAUUGACUGGAGAUCUAGAAUUUGGAGAAAAUGGAGGUAACCCCAAUGUCCACUUCGAAAUCCUUGGAACCAACUAUGGAGAAGAACUUGGCAGGGGUGUCCGUAAACUUGGGUGCUGGAAUCCUGUCACAGGUCUGAAUGGAUCACUGACAGACAAGAAACUGGAGAAUAACAUGCGAGGUGUGGUUCUACGCGUGGUGACUGUAUUGGAGGAGCCUUUUGUAAUGGUCUCUGAAAAUGUCUUGGGAAAACCGAAGAAAUACCAGGGCUUCUCCAUUGAUGUUUUAGAUGCCCUAUCUAACUAUCUGGGUUUUAACUAUGAAAUUUAUGUUGCACCGGACCACAAAUAUGGAAGCCCACAAGAAGAUGGGACAUGGAAUGGACUAGUAGGAGAACUUGUUUUUAAGAGAGCUGACAUCGGGAUUUCAGCUUUAACCAUCACUCCAGACCGGGAGAAUGUUGUGGAUUUUACAACACGCUACAUGGACUACUCAGUAGGGGUCCUACUGCGAAGGGCAGAAAAAACAGUGGAUAUGUUUGCCUGCCUUGCACCAUUUGAUCUAUCUCUGUGGGCCUGCAUUGCCGGCACAGUCCUUCUUGUGGGACUCCUGGUCUACCUCUUGAACUGGCUUAAUCCCCCACGGUUGCAAAUGGGAUCAAUGACAUCUACUACACUCUAUAACUCCAUGUGGUUUGUGUACGGGUCCUUUGUACAGCAAGGUGGGGAAGUACCAUACACAACUUUGGCAACCCGAAUGAUGAUGGGGGCUUGGUGGUUAUUUGCUCUGAUUGUCAUCUCAUCUUAUACAGCAAAUCUUGCCGCUUUCCUCACUAUCACCCGCAUUGAGAGCUCCAUCCAGUCUCUUCAGGAUCUGUCCAAGCAAACGGAUAUCCCUUAUGGCACAGUCUUGGAUUCCGCAGUAUAUCAGCAUGUUCGCAUGAAGGGGCUGAAUCCUUUUGAGAGGGACAGCAUGUAUUCCCAGAUGUGGAGGAUGAUCAACCGAAGCAAUGGCUCAGAAAACAAUGUUCUGGAGUCCCAAGCAGGCAUUCAAAAGGUAAAAUAUGGAAACUAUGCUUUUGUAUGGGAUGCAGCUGUGUUGGAAUAUGUGGCCAUCAAUGACCCCGACUGUUCCUUCUACACUGUUGGAAAUACUGUUGCUGACCGGGGGUAUGGCAUCGCACUGCAGCAUGGCAGUCCCUACCGUGAUGUCUUUUCACAAAGGAUCCUGGAGCUGCAGCAGAGUGGCGACAUGGACAUCCUCAAGCACAAAUGGUGGCCUAAGAAUGGCCAGUGUGACCUGUACUCCUCAGUAGAUGCAAAGCAGAAGGGAGGAGCCCUGGACAUCAAGAGUCUGGCAGGCGUGUUCUGCAUCCUGGCCGCGGGGAUUGUACUCUCCUGCCUCAUAGCCGUCCUCGAGACAUGGUGGAGUCGGCGGAAGGGCUCCCGAGUCCCAUCGAAAGAGGCUCCAGCCCUGCCAAAUGAAGCUGCAGUGUCUGAAAGAACCAAUGCUUGGCCGCUAAGGCCGUGUCUGAAGCUUGGCGGUAAUGACUGGAAAAACCAGGCAUCCAGCCAUGGCCUACACCACUCUACACAGCUAGGAAGGCCUCUUGAUGACCCCUAAUCUCUACCAGCCCUGGACCUGCUGAACCCUUUCCCACUUCUUGAUUCCAGGACUCAUUUGAUCCUGAGAACCACGCACUGGUGAGCUGAUACACUGUCUCCUGAAUUUAAAGCCCUUCUUCCAUUCAAGAAGCUGUCUUCACCAGGCUGUAACAACCUGUUGCACUUGCCCCACUGAAGAGCAGCAAAUGGCUGCUGCUUUCUGCUACAGGCUCCGAAUCCUGCCUGGGCCAGCCUAUUAGCCUGGGAACGAUGGUCCCUACUCAUCGUGGACUGUUUGUGGACUGUUUGCCCAUGUGUCCCGGUCAAGUGCACUCACACUGAGGUGCAAGUGUGACUCACAGUAGUGUUAUCCCCAGCUUCCUCCGUGCAAGAUUCACCUGGGUCCUCAGACUUCUGAUGGAUGGGAUACAGGGAGAUGUGAAGAACCAAGGAGAACGUGCCUUGGCAAACUUAACCAGAGAAAAGUAGAGCCCUCUUCCAGCCCUCACUGAAUCAGUUGUGACUGUGAUUAAUCAUAUUUUGUCAUAAUUUUUUCUCCAUAUUACUAAAAUAAUGACAUGUUCAUAAUUACCACAGGUCUAAUUUUCUCCAUGCUAAAAAACAUUACCUUUACUCAGAGACCAAAAUAUAUACACUUCACAUGGAUUUUUGACUAAUGGAGAGCCUCUAACUCAAAUCCAUAAAAAGUAGAUCUUUCAUUGUAAACAAGGGUUACUUGGAUGCUGUUUGUCACCUUAAGGUUAUAGUGCCUGUGUGUAUCACCCUUCCACCAAGACAACUGAGGUUUCCAAGGUCUAUUCCAUGAGAACAAUCUCUUACCAAUGAAACUCUGAAGCAGUUUGUGAUGCAAACAAAGUCCUUGUGAAUUCAGUCUUCAUAAGGACCUGGCUCUGCACUGAAUUCUGGGAAUACAAUGAGUAAGUCAUGUUCUUGCCCCCAGAAGUUUACAUUCCAAUGGGGAGGUCAGAUAAAUCAAUCUAGUGAGUCUAUCUCAGUGAGUUGAUAGCCAUGAGAAUUGCAUUUCUGCUUCUUGACCCCAGGGAGGCCAGUAUGACUCCUAGAGGAUCUUCUAAUAUACAAAGUUGAAUGUGAUCCCUCAAAGCCCCUACAAGUAGUGACCCAAUAGGCUCUAGUCGCUGAAACAUCGGUUCUAAGCCACCUGACUUGCAAACAAAUUACAUGUCUUGUCACAGAGUACCUUCCCACUCUGCAACCAACUUGAAAACAUUCCUGCAGUAGCUUACAGGUGAAAAUCAGACUGUGAAGUCAGAAGACAUGUUAUCCUAUUUGGGUCCUGCUAAUUGCUAUGACUGAGGGAAAAUUACGUACACUCUGUGGUCUUUGGUGUCUGUCUUUGAAAGUAAAAAAUAAAUUGUUAUCUGCUGUUCCUACCUCACAGGGUUGUUGUGAGUGCUGAAACUGUAUGUAAAAGCACCUUGCUAGCUGUCAACUUUUCAUCACCAUGGGUUCUUGAUCCAUACUGUCAAAUACAAUACCAGCAUUUGUCACAGGACAUUCUCUUACCCAGCCUUCACCUUGCACAGAGAUAAGGUUCAAGGUCAUUCCUUCCUGGAUAUCUGGCUUCAACACAGAAAUGCCAAUGUUUUCCAGAAAGUCAGAGGUAAAGUAAAGGCGCAAAGCCAGGACCCCUGUGUCAGGCAGACAUUCCACCAUUAACACACAUGAACCUGCUAACCUCCUUCAGGAAUGGUUAUCCCUAGGGCUCAUAGCAGAGAACUUGUCUUUAGUUCCAGAAAACCAGGCAUGCUGUGGGAGUUCAUGGUGUCAUCUUGACUGCACAAGGAACCACCAACCUCUCUAAUGGAGCACAGGCCUCCCAAAAUAAAAUAAGGGAUUAUUCACUAACCUAGAUAAAUAAAAUGCAGGCGUCCAUGAUUGCCUGAACUAUUACAAAUUAACUAAUGGGAACUUCCUAGGUAUUAAUUAAAGCAAGAAUGUGGUGUCAUGUUUCUUCUUUUAUCCUCUAUGCCUCACAGCAACUUAGCUUUCUGCAUUGUGAUUUUACUUGUCUACUCCAUCUCUGUCCAAUGUACUGAUGAUAAAAGUUGCUUUGGUUACAUGUCUCAGAGAUAUCACUUACACACACACACACACACACACACACACACACAGGCACAAGUACAAUCACAAACACAAGCACAGGCACAUGGGCAAACACACACACAGAGCCACAAUCCCAUGUGCAUGCACACAUACAUGCACAUGUACACACAUAGUCACAGGGUCACUUGGAUGCUGUUCUUCACCUUAAGGUUGUAGUGCCUGUGUAUAUCACCCACACAGUCACAUGUGUACACAGAGGCAAAGACACAGGUACACACACCACAUCACAAAAUAAAGCUGUGGAACAGGGAGAAAUGCUACCUAUUUUCUUGUCUAUCGUUGUGGCUGAGCCUGAAUGAACUUGAUUCCUGAUGACGUAAUAUGGACGCUGAACAGUUGAUCUAAUCUGAGUUCAGUAGCAAUGAAUGUGUCCUCAUCUACCCCAGGACAAACCUGACUAUUUCAGUCUUAUGCAGAAGUUCAAGUGGAAAUCGCAAUCUGGUGAAGCCACUGAGACCCAACCAUUACACUUCAAAGCAUUCCUCUCAAAAUCCAUGAGCCUGACAUCCAAACUGAUAGAAUUGCUGCCCAAAGGAACACAACCCUCUAACAGAAAACUUUCCAUUGGAAUCUUUCCUCAAGAGUCAAGAACAAGGAAGGGAAGUAAAGGGUUAAAAAUUAUUCAUGUUAAUCUUAGUGUUUUUUAAAUAAAGCAUAGAAAAUAAUCAACCAUCUCCUCCUUGCUGUGUGAGAUUAGCUAACCAAAUACACUGAAAAGUUCUUAAGAUGCUGAUACUGCAGCUUCAGUACCUAAAGCAAGCUGACAAUUUAAAACAAUGUCUUCUAUUAUAGUUCAUAAUCACCACUUGCUUUGGGAAGAAAGCCAGGCAGACUCAAAGCAGCAACCACCCAAGGUCAGAGGCAUCGGGCCAAAGGACCAGCAAAGAGCAGACCCAAGCCAGGAGGGAAAGCUGUCACUGAACUGGCAGCCCAGGCUUAUGAAACAAGACAUUCUACAGGUCAGGGCCAGCUGAGGAAGGGCAGCAGAGCCAAGCAGGAAGGCAAAUUAAGAUGUUGGAACAGGUAUCAGAGUGAUGAAGACUAGGUAGAAGAUGGACCAUCCACUCCACAUAACAUUACAUCACAGUAGCCUUUCUUGUGACGUCCAGACUUAUGUCAUAGUUCGUUCCUUUCUCAGAAAUAAAACUCUCAUUAUUAUUGAUGUUGCUUAACAUAGGCAAUCUAGAAUAGAAAACCCUUCCUUACCACAGACCUAGAUAUACAUUUUUGUUUUUUUGUUUUUUGGAUAUUUUACAUCCUGGCCGAUGUAAUUUUCUUUUCCAGAAAUUUUUAAUUUGUUCAUAAAUCUUUAAUGUUAUUUUAUCAAUAAAAUUUUGUCAAUAAAUACUUCUGUGGUUGAA